AUGCCCGGUGAUCGGCACGCCCAAUUCGGCGAUGGCCGCCCCGGGAUCGUGGCUACGCGGGAAAAGAGCUCGGCCCCGGCUACCCCAUCCCGCCGCGAGAAGAUACGGGAGAGCUCCGCGCACCAAGACCCCAUGCUCAAAGAUUAUCGACUUGGAGAGUGCCUAGGCAAAGGUGCAUUUGGAUCUGUUUACAAAGCCUUCAAUUGGAACACGGGCGAGGCCGUCGCUGUCAAGCAGAUCAAGCUUGGAAAUCUGCCAAAGAGUGAAUUGCGCAUGAUUGAGAGCGAAAUCGACCUGCUCAAAAACCUCCACCACGACAAUAUUGUCAAGUAUAUUGGCUUUGUCAAGUCUACUGACUGCCUCAACAUCAUUCUCGAAUACUGUGAAAAUGGCUCCCUUCACUCGAUAUGUAAAGCAUACGGCAAAUUUCCGGAAAACCUUGUCGGCGUGUAUAUGACGCAAGUCCUUCAAGGUCUCCAGUACCUACACGACCAGGGUGUAAUCCAUCGAGAUAUCAAGGGCGCAAACAUCCUCACAACCAAAGAUGGCACUGUAAAACUGGCCGAUUUUGGUGUUUCCACCAGCACACUGGCCGGUGGUCAAGACAAGGAAGCUCAAGUCGUAGGCACGCCCUACUGGAUGGCUCCAGAGAUUAUCCAACUUUCUGGCGCCAGCUCAGCCUCUGACAUCUGGAGCUUGGGCUGCACCGUCAUCGAACUGCUCCAAGGAAGGCCUCCCUACCAUAAUUUAGCAGCAAUGCCUGCGCUUUUUGCCAUUGUCAACGAUGACCACCCUCCUUUACCAGAAGGCAUUUCGGCCGCGGCAAGAGAUUUCCUCAUGCAAUGCUUCCAAAAAGACCCCAAUCUGCGAGUCACAGCACGGAAGCUGCUGAAGCACGCUUGGAUUGUCGGAUGCCGCCGAGCCGCUGCUCCAGUGGCCAAGGCACCUGCCAACUUCAAUCAAGCCGUCGAGGAAGUCAAACAGUGGAACAAGGCUCUCAAUUCUUCGGAUGCCCAUCUACGAACUUCAACCGGCUCAGACGCCCCACCAGCUGCCCGAUUCCCGGGAGGAACGCCCGCCAAGGGGCCGUUGUCCAUGUCCAAGUCCAAAUUUGGUGUACAAGCGUUGAAGAUUCCCGAGCUUGCCGACAGUGACAAUUGGGACAAUGAUUUUGACACUACCCUCUCGCCGAGUGCGCUCCAGCUGCCACAUCUUCGAACCCAAGAUAACUUUGGCGGUAUGCUCUCUAGCGAUCGUCUCAAGGCGUUCGCUUCCGCAAAUGAUUUACGAAAUGAAAAUAGCUACGAUGAUGACUUCGAGGGCGAGCUACUCACGAUUAAAGGCCCCUCACAAUAUGACCUAGACCUGCAACAGCAAACCAUUCGACCAAUCUCCAAGGCUUCGGCGCAGGUUGCCGAACCUAGGAGGCACACUCGACAAAAGUCGAUUCCCGCGAACUCCGCAGGCUCCGCCUUGCAACCGACAAGAUCUCCCCCCAAGGCCCAUUUUGGCAACAAGUUUGAAUUGCCGACACGACACGAUAUUGCCUUCCGUGAACAGAGCGCCGAGGACUAUUCCGACUUGUUUCUAGAAAACGACAAUGAAUUCAACCAACGAGUUAACCAAGUUAAAAAGGGCAUUCGCGGUCCGGACUCACCCCAGUUGUUCCAUCCUUCAGAUCUAACAAGCCUUCCACGCUCCAUGCUCGCCCCCGAUGGCGGCAGUAUCAAGAAAAAGCCUGCUGCCAGACCCUCAGUCCUACCUGAUCGACCAAUGCGACGCACGCGGUCAUCUGUGGAAAUUCAAAAGUUUGCCGAGGACGACGAUGAAGACUUUUCAGAUGUGUUUGGCCCCGAAAGCUCCAGUGCUACUAAGCCAGUCAGCGAACGUGGCUCUGAAGAUGGUGGCUUGAUGCUACUCUCCAAGGUGUCAAGCAACUCUUGGCUUGGCGACGACGAGGACGAAGACGACCCGUUUGCGCUGAUGGAUCCUGGUUGGGAUGAGAUGGAUCUGGAAGCAAAUAUUGCUCGUGACAGACACGCGCGAUUAGGAGAAAAGGUGGAAGAUCUGGUCCGAUCUCUUACAAUGGAGCAAGGCGAAACGGCUCUGAUUGAAACUGCAGAAGAUUUACUUUCUCUGCUAUGGGAGAAUACAGAAGCCAAGAAUCUCAUCAUCAGCGCCCACGGCCUUCUCCCCAUCCUCGAGAUUCUGGAACCUUGCACUGUCAAAAGUAAGCAGUAUAUGAUCCUGCAGCUUCUGAAAGUGGUCAAUGCCAUUAUUCUUGAUGAUGUCGAAAUCCAAGAAAACCUCUGUUUCGUUGGUGGUAUGCCCAUCAUCACCAAGUUUGCCGCUCGACAGUACUCGGAUGAGAUCCGCCUUGAGGCUGCGGCUUUCGUGCGCCAAAUGUACCAGACGUCAACACUGACACUGCAAAUGUUUGUGUCUGCCGGUGGUCUCAACGUCCUCGUGGAAUUCCUUGACGAGGACUAUGAUAACGCCCGAGAUCUGGUUCUCAUUGGCGUCAAUGGUAUCUGGAACGUCUUUGAAUUACAAGGGCCGACACCAAAGAAUGACUUCUGCCGAAUUUUUUCGCGGAGCAAAAUUUUGUAUCCUCUCGCUCUCGUUCUGCACCGCGUGCUAGAUGAAGAAGGCGAGGAUGAGCUUGGAGAGCUCAUCGAGGGUCGCAUUGUCAACAUCUUCUACCUCUUCAGCCAGGCGGAAAACUACGUCAAGGAGGUUGUGGCAGACCGACAGGUGCUCAAGAGCGUUCUGAAGGAUUUGCGCCGCAUGACUCCGGUGCAUCAGAUUACGAUGCUCAAGUUCAUUAAGAAUCUGUCCAUGCUGUCAACAACGAUUGAAACCUUGCAUUCCGCUGAUGCCAUCGAGUUUCUCAUUGACUUGCUCGGUUAUAGCAUGAAGAGAGGACAGAUACAUUUCCGCGAAAUGUCGAAUCAAGUCUUGAAUACCCUUUUCAACCUGUGCCGUCUAAGCAAGGAACGCCAGGAAGAUGCCGCUGUUGGCGGCAUCAUCCCGCUGCUUCUGCGCAUCAUGCGCACAGAUCGACCGCCAAAGGAAUUUGUGCUGCCGAUACUCUGCGACAUGGCACACUCCGGGUCCAAGGGCCGUCGAUACCUGUGGCAAAACAAGGGUCUCGAGUUUUACGUGUCCCUACUGACUGACCAAUAUUGGCAGGUCACAGCGCUUGAUGCCAUUCUCGUAUGGCUGCAAGAGGAGACGGCCAACGUGGAGAGCCACCUGAUUGAUGGCGGCUUCACAAGAGCCAUCAUCAGCGGCUUCAACACGAAUCGUCUCAACUCUUUCGACUCCAACCUCCUGGAGCCUCUGCUCAAGUUGCUGCGCCUGAGUCCUGGCGUCGCCGCCUCGCUCGCCAAGCCAGAAAUGUUUGCGGGCAUCGCGCAGCGACUCGGACACAAAAAGGCUGUCGUUCGUUUGAAUUUGCUGCGUUUGGUGCGCACCAUUAUCGAUACCUGCGACACCGUCCUUGGCAAGGGCGACGGCACCACGUCUCUCAACAGCGCUCAGGUACGAUCACUGAUGGAAGUGAUUCAAACGCUGGCCGAAAUUGAUUCUGCUGUUUUGGUACGAAACCUGGCGGCAGAGCUGGUGCGAUCCCAUCUCGAAAGCCGUCCCUCGCCAAGCGCGGUGAUGCGCCAUGACAGCAUCGCCUCUUCCCAAACCAACUCGGCCUCGUCUUCGCGACGCUCCGCCACGCGACGCAACACCAGCUACACGCCCCCUAGCCUGCAAUCGUCCAUUUCCUUUCCGCAGACGCCGACCCAUCGAAGCCGCGCCAGCCUCGCCGGCAACGCCCUUAUUGAAGUCGCCGCCAGUCCCCGGCGCGUCGUUGCAGGCGGCAGUGGCGGUAGUGGCAGCGGCGGAGGCGGCGGCGUCUUAGACCGCGACAACCUGCUGUUUCAGCAGUACCGCCCGCGGAGCCGCGACGGCACCAACCUACCGCGGCGCGUCAGCGGCGACGCCAGCUCCACGACGAGCAGUCAUAGCAGCAGCGGCCUCAUGAUGCCCCCGUCCUCUGCGUCCUCGGCGGCCAAGAGCCGUCUGCCGCGGACCUCGCUGGCCAGCAUCACGUCUAGGGGCGGUGUGCUCGGCACCGGCAUCCGCGGCGAGCCCGCGCCGCCCAUGGUCGUGCGUAGCGACAGCAGCGCCAGUAAUAAGGAAAAUGGCAGUGGCGCCAGCAGCAGCGGCGGUGCGGCGGCCCGCAUGAUGAUGGGUCCCUGGGGCGCCGCAGCAGCCAUCGCCGGCGCUGGUGGGGGAGCAGCCGCCGCCGCCGCAGGGAGCGGACGGCGGGAGAGCACUGCUCGGGAACCGACUAGCAAGAGACGAGUACACGGGACUAGCGAUGCCAGGUGGUGA